AUGGCAUUUGUUUACCAAGGGGAUGCAGACUUGGAAAUGAAAGCGAAAAAAGCUGCUGAACGUAUAUCGGAAAAUAUGCACAUAGUUGCAAAUGAGCCAUCCCUAGCCUUGUACAGAUUACAAGAACAUGUUCGAAAAGCCUUACCUCCUAUGGUUGAGAGAAGAGUCGAAGUUACCAAGUUGCAACAUGAGCUACAGGGAAGAUGUUACGAUGUGGAAUAUGCGCUAAGUGCUGUGAAAUCAAUGGACGGUGCAGUAACAAGCUUUAAGAAUAUACAGGAAAUGUUAAAACAAUCUAUAUUUUUAAAACAACAAUUAAAAUAUGAAGAAGCUAGGCGAAAUAAAAAAGAUACAAGUUCUGUUUACAAGCGUCUCUCUGCUCACAUUGUUUUAGACCUUCCAGAUCUUUCUGAAUUUUCUAUGAUAAGAGAAACCACUAAUAGGUUAGAGAAUAUAAUGACUCAUGCAAGGGGCUCUAAUGCAGAACUGCACAGGUCACACACCACCUUACAU